ACUUGGCACUCUAGCAUCUGGCAGUAACUCGAGCUUGUUCAGAGGACCUACGUGUCCCUCAGCGAUCUGAAAGGAUGCGGCUCACGCUUGUCUUCGCCGCCCUAUUGGGUGCUGUGGCGUUUGUCCGGGCAUCAGAUGAUCCCACCGUCUCUUUGCCUGGCGUGUUGGAUCUAACGCCCGAGACGUUUGACAAGCACGUUAACGGAGGCAAGCACGCCAUCGUGGAGUUCUAUGCUCCCUGGUGCGGCCACUGCAAGCGCAUGACCCCCGAGUUCAAGAAGCUGGGCGAGCUGGUUGCCGCUGACCCCAAGCUGAAGAACCGCGUUGUGGUCGCCAAGGUCAACGCCGACGCGCACCGCUCGCUGGGUGACAAGUUCGAAGUGCGCGGCUUCCCCACCAUCAAGUACUUCCCCGCCGGCAAGGCCGCCAACAAGGACAGCGCGCAGGACUACCAGCAGGCCCGCACCGCCACCGCCUUCCUCGAGUUCCUGAAGGCCAAGCUGGAGGCCGACAAGGGCUUUGCUCGCGUGGAGACUCUGGACCCCCUCGCCAAGAAGUUCGUGACUGCUGAGGACAAGGCGGCUGUGAUUGCUGAGGCCAAGGCUGAGGCUGAGAAGCUAGAGGCGGGUGACGCCAAGGUCAACGGUGCCCUGUACGUCAAGUUUAUGGAGAAGGCGGCGGAGAAGGGUGUCGAGUACCUGUCCAAGGAGAAGGCCCGGCUGGAGAAGAUGCUGGGGGGUGGCAGCGUGGCGGCCGCCAAGGUGGACGAGAUGAGCCGCAAGACGUCGGUGCUGGGGGCCUUCACGGAGGACGCGGAGUAGGGGGUCUGAGAGGAGGGAUGGAGUAACAAGGAGCUGGAUGGUCUUUUCUUUGGCUGUUAGCGAGUGGUGAAGGAGGUUCAGGAGUUUGAUUGGGGGCAUGCAACAGGGAGACGGGCUGUAGGUUGGAUCGCGAGCAUACAUAUAGUAUAUGCGGGUGUUCUACUGUCCUCAGCCCGAUGUGGUGUGACCCUUGCCAUGUUCUUUUCAAUAUUGGAUGCUUUGUGUUAAAGCAAUAGCGGGAUGCUGCCUGACGAAUAUUGCAUUGGCGCAGGGAAGAGGCAGGAUGGCAGGCAG